CGGUCUGAGUGAGGAAACUCCCGAGCGGAAUAUUUUGCGACAGAGGAUUUCUUCAAUGUUCGCUAAAAUAAGCAGUCAAAAAUCCAAACAUCUCGGACUUGUUUUUCGUGGCAUCCCAGUCGUGCACAGCUAAGUCACAAAAGCAGUGGUAACCUCCAGUUUGGCCCUGCCCAGCCUCACACACCCCCACCGGCCUGGCUCAAGGAGGGAGGGAAAAAUCAUACGAUUGUUGAUAUUGUGGGUUCAAUAGUUGUUCCUUUACACGUGUCACUUCUGGUUAUUGUUUUCAGUGCAUACAGCUUUUGAAAGACUGCCCAGAAUUGGUUUCGAAUUUGGUAGAUCGUUAAACUGCAAGUUUGUAUCCGUAGUCUAAAGAGGCACGAGUGCUCACAAGCUAGUAACGUUAGCGACACAAUACAGCAGACGAGUUCCAUCCCUCCAGACGUAACUUCGAGAGGCCAUUCAGUGUGCCUACAUGGGACUAUUUCCGAUAAUGCAACAGCCUGUCAUAUUUUACCGAUCAGCAUUCUCGCAUUGAGCAACAUAACACACAUUUGUAACGGGGAACCGUAUAAUAUUUGCUUAGUAAGCUAGCCAUCUUGCUAGACAGGCCAGCUUCCUUGUAUCAAAUAGCAAACCGUCUAGUCCUAGUAGCUAACGUUAAUGGUGGCUGGACUGCAUUGUCAGAACUAUGGAAAUGAGAACGUUAGUUUGUUUUAAAGUGCCUGUUUUUUUUUUUUAGAUUAUUAGCAAACCGUAUAUAAUUUUAAUGAGACUGACUCCAAACACGGAAGCUAAUAAUCGUAUUUAAAAAAAUAUGUAAUUAUCACAUUUAUGUUGGAUUUAAGUCGCUGAGAGCCAACAAAAGACUCAAUUUUGGAUAUCAAUUGACGAGACGAAUGAUUUCUGUGUCCCUGGUUUUAACUGGAUUUGGCCUCCCCCUUUUGGUUCGACGCGGGAGCAGCGGGAUUUCGAUAGUCCCACUCAUCUGUCACGUCGAUAUUUGUAUACAUUUUCCUAUCCCUCCCCCCCACAACCUUUCCCCGUUUCUCUCUCCUAUGCUGAGUAACGCCGGCAACCAAAUCGAUAACGGCGGCCGGACAUGCUGAAGUGUAUCCCUUUGUGGCGUUGUAACCGCCACGUCGAGUCGGUGGACAAGCGACAUUGUAAUUUGCAAAAUGUCCCCGACGAGAUAUUUCGCUACAGCCGCAGUCUGGAGGAGCUUCUCCUCGACGCUAACCAACUCCGAGAACUACCCAAGCCUUUCUUCAGACUUCUGAACUUGCGGAAACUGGGUCUGAGUGACAAUGAGAUCCAGAGGCUCCCUCCUGAGGUGGCCAACUUCAUGCAGCUGGUGGAGCUCGACAUCUCCAGAAAUGACAUUCCUGAGAUCCCCGAGAGCAUUAAGUUCUGCAAGGCAUUGGAGAUUGCAGACUUCAGUGGAAACCCCCUCUCCAAGUUGCCUGAUGGUUUCACUCAGCUCAGAGGGCUCGCCCACCUGGCACUUAACGACGUGUCAUUGCAGACACUGCCCAACGACAUAGGAAACCUGGCCAACCUGGUGACGCUGGAGCUCAGGGAGAACCUGCUCAAGUCCCUGCCCACGUCACUCUCUUUCCUGGUGAAACUGGAGCAUCUGGACCUGGGCAGCAAUGAACUGGAUGUGUUGCCGGACACACUUGGUGCUCUCCCUAACCUACGGGAGCUGUGGUUGGACCGCAACCAGCUCUCCUCUUUGCCACUAGAGCUGGGGAACCUGCAGAGACUUGUGUGUCUAGACGUGUCAGAGAACCGACUGGAGGAGUUGCCCUCAGAGCUCAGCGGCCUGCUGGCCCUCACUGACCUGCUGCUCUCACACAACCUCCUGGAGGUGGUCCCCGACAGCAUAGGCUCUCUGAAGCAGCUGUCCAUCCUGAAAGUGGACCAGAACCGACUGACCCACCUGAGUGACUCCAUAGGAGAGUGUGAGAACCUGACGGAACUCAUACUGACCGAGAACCUAUUACAGACUCUGCCUCGCUCGCUGGGCAAGUUGAAGAAGCUGACAAACUUGAAUGUGGACCGCAACCGGCUGGGCGACGUGCCUGAUGAGCUGGGUGGUUGCGCCAGCCUCAACGUGCUCUCCCUCAGAGACAAUCGCGUGGCCAAAUUGCCCGCUGAGCUGGCUGACGCCACUGAGCUUCAUGUUCUGGAUGUGGCAGGGAACAGGUUACAGAACCUGCCGUUUGCCCUGGCCAACCUCAACCUGAAGGCCAUGUGGCUGGCAGAGAACCAGUCCCAGCCCAUGCUCAAGUUCCAGACGGAGGAUGACGAGAGCACCGGGGAGAAGGUGCUCACCUGCUACCUGUUGCCCCAGCAGCCCUCCCCCAGCCUGGAGAACCUGCUGCAGAACAGUGUGGACGACAGCUGGAUAGACAGCAACCUGAACCGGGUGUCCGUUAUCCAGUUCCAGGAGGAGACCACCAAGCAGGAUGAGGACGAUGAGGCGGCUGCAGAGCGCAGGGGUCUCCAGCGCCGGGCGACGCCCCACCCCAGUGAGCUGAAGGUCAUGAAGAAGGUGAUUGAGGAGAAGAGGAACGAGGCCUACAUAUCCUGUCCUGAUGGAGAGCCAGAGUCUCCUGGUACUGAGGAGAAACGACUGAGCAAACUGUCCAAUCAGAGCCACGACUCUGCAGCGUCCAACAGCACAGCCUCUGCCAACUCUCACGAGGAGAGACGGUGCGUGAUUACCACAGCGAGGGAGAGCCUAGUGGGUGGGCGUGGUGAACAGGAGGAGGAGGAGCUAGACGAGAUGGAGGUGGAGUAUGUGGAGCCCACGGUACACUUUGCAGAGGAGCCCAUAUACCAGGGUGGGAAUGAGGACGGUGAGGACGAGGAGGGUGGGGACGGGGUCCCAUGCAGCGACCUAGAGGAACAGAGGCCCCAGUUCCCUACGGAGAAGCAGCGUCUGAUCAGGAAGGACACGCCGCACUACAAGAAGCACUUCAAGAUUACCAAGCUACCAAAACCUGAGGCGGUGGCCGCGUUACUGCAGGGCUUCAGCCCCGACGCACACCUGGCCCAACACCCCACCUCGCACCACCCUGACCCCGAGAAGGAGGAAGAGGAAGAGGAGGAGUGUAUGGUUACUCCACAGCGCCACAACAGAAUAGAAGAGCCAAAGCAGGAAGAGAGGAGUCUGCUUCAUGUCAACUCUUCCCUGCAGCCGGUCAAGGGGGUGUCAUUUGAUCAAGUCAAUAAUCUCCUGAUUGAGCCUGCUCGAAUUGAGGAGGAAGAGCACACCCUGACCAUUCUACGUCAAACUGGGGGCCUGGGCAUCAGCAUAGCCGGAGGACAGGGAUCCACACCCUACAAGGGGGAUGAUGAGGGAAUUUUCAUCUCCAGGGUGUCUGAAGAGGGCCCUGCAGCGCAGGCUGGGGUCAAAGUGGGAGACAAACUCCUAGAGGUGAACGGUGUGGUUCUCCAGGGGGCAGAGCACCACACGGCGGUAGAGGCCCUGCGCAGCUCGGGUGCCGCCGUCUCCAUGAGCGUCCUCCGGGAGCACAUGGUGGAGCCGGAGAACGCCAUCACCACCACACCGCUAAGGCCCGAGGACGACUACUUCCCCCGGGAGAGACGGGCCAGUGGCCUUCCCUUCUGCAUUGAGGCAGGCUCCCCCGCAGGCUUCCGACACAGGCUGUCUGCCUGCCUGGUCCGCAAUGACAAAGGUCUGGGCUUCAGCAUUGCCGGGGGCAAAGGCUCCACAGCCUACCGCACAGGGGACAUGGGGAUCUACAUCUCGCGGAUCGCAGAGGGAGGGGCGGCCCACAGAGACUGCACACUCCGAGUAGGGGACAGGGUCAUCACCAUCAAUGGCGUAGACAUGACCGAGGCCAGGCAUGACCAGGCAGUAGCGCUGCUUACCGGCACCUCUCCCACCAUUGCUCUCCUGGUGGAGCGUGACCAGGCUGAGCCGGGCACCCCAGGGGGCUCCCCGGGCCUGUCCCGUGCCCGCGCCCACUCCCCCCCACCUCCAGAGCCCUCUGACUCACCCGACCAGGAAGAGGGCAACGACGACUCCAGCCUCUUGCCCCACGGGAACCACCUGAGCCAGCCGCUGGAGGACGAAUACCCCAUCGAGGAAGUGGCGUUGGUGAAAGCGGGCGGCCCCCUGGGACUGAGCAUCGUGGGAGGCAGUGAUCACGCCAGUCACCCGUUCGGCAUCAACGAGCCUGGCGUCUUCAUCUCUAAGGUGAUCCCCCAUGGCUUGGCGUGUCAGAGUGGGCUGCGGGUGGGGGACAGGAUACUGGAGGUGAACACCAUCGACCUGCGCCACGCCACCCACCAGGAGGCUGUUAAAGCCCUGCUUUACAACAAGCAGGAGAUCCGCAUGCUGGUGAGCAGGGACCCCUCGCCUCCCGGGAUGGAGGAGAUAGUGAUCCAGAAGCAGCCUGGAGAAAAGCUGGGCAUCAGCAUCCGCGGCGGUGCCAAGGGCCACGCUGGCAACCCCUUCGACGCCACCGAUGAGGGCAUUUUCAUAUCCAAGGUGAGCUCCAGCGGUGCGGCGGCCAGGGAUGGCCGUCUGCUUGUGGGCAUGCGGAUCUUGGAGGUGAGUAACCACAGCCUGCUGGGCAUGACCCACACGGAGGCUGUACGCGUGCUCCGCGCCGUGGGAGACACCCUGGUCAUGCUGGUGUGUGACGGCUUCGACCCUGGCAACGCUGCCUCUGUAGAGGCGUCACCGGGCAUCAUUGCCAACCCGUUUGCCGCAGGCAUCGUGCGUAAGAACAGCAUGGAGAGCAUCUCCUCUAUAGACCGAGACCUGAGUCCCGAGGAGAUGGACAUCCUACAGAAGGAGGUGGAGAUGGUGCGAGAGACGUCCCAGUGGGAGAGAGAAGAGAUGGAGAAGGUGGAGCGCAUGCGCUUGGAGCGUGAGGAGGAUACUCGCCUGCUAGAAGAGGAGACAGAGAACCUGGGCACUGGGCCUCUGAAACUGGACUACCGGACGCUGGCCGCACUGCCCACCACCGCUCUCCAGAAGGUCAACAGGGUAACUCUCUCUCUCUCUCUCGCUCUCUCUCCUUCUGUCAGUGCAACUGCCCCCAUGGAGGCCCCCAUUCAGGCCCAAUGUUCUUUCACCUUAGAGCCCCUGGGUUUUGACCUGGGGCAGCCCCCCACCUCCCUCUUCCCUCUUCCCCAUGCUCUACCUCAGUCCGGCCCCAUUAUGAACACAGAGGCAGGGCCCCUCUACAUGUCCCAGCACUCUCCCAGUCCCUUGAUAACCGCCUCCAAUCAAGGAGCAGCUAGACAAGAAGCCCUGCCUACUGGUGAAGACGAGGAGGUGGUGGUUCUGGUGGAUUCCCAGCCAAUCAACUUCACCGAGAACCCCUUCCUGGUGGCCAAUCGCAGGGGCAAAGGGUGCCCCCCCUCUGAGCGCAUCCUCUCAGGGCCUCCUGUGGGCUACGGGAGUGCGGGCAAACUGCAGCCCUGGUUAUUCAGCAAGGCACCCUCCACUGAGCCCCCCAGGACAGACAGUCCCAUUAGAGACGCCCCCUACUCACCAACCACACAACCGGCAAGCAUUCAUUUCACCCCUACUGCACUGCAUGCCAAGGAGGAAAUCUCACCACUGAGUCCCUAUGAGACAAGGCCAGGUGCCAUCCAGCUCUCCCGUGGUGGCGGGCGGCCGAUCACCUCGCCAGCCACUCAGGACGGGCACAGCAACCCCAAUCCCUUCCAGCAUGGCCCCUCCCCCAUCAACUCUCAGACCUUUCUGCAGCCUCGUGCCCCCUCCCCCAACACGAUCGAUGAGUUCCCCCUGAACCCCAAGCAGGCAUACCAGGCAUUCGCCGCCGUGCCUCACUGGCUGGCUGUGCUGGCAGGCCGCCCCACCCAGGAUCUGUUUGGCGAGAGGAACAACGUCCACCACAAUCAGCCUUCUCCAGAGGUUAGCCCUGAGCUGAACAACGAGGUGUUUGAGGAUGAGGGGGACGGGGGAAUGGGUAUGGGUCAGGCAGCCCCCGUCUCUCCCCGACCCUCCCUCUCCUCUGACUGUCUGGACUAUAUGAGUCUGGCAGCAGUGCCACGCCUCUACAGAGCCUCCAUGGACAUGCCCCCAAAGACUCCAUCACCUGGUGGCAGAGACGACCUGGCGCAGCGCUCCUUCAGGGACAGACAGAAGUACUUUGAAAUCGACAUGAAGCAGCAGACGCCCGACACCAAGCCCAAAGGCCGCGUGUCCCUGGUUGGAGCAGACGACCUGAAGAAGAUGAGGGAGGAGGAAGAGAGGAGAUUCGAGCAGCGGGCACGGGAGUACCUGAUGGAUGAAGAUGACGAGGAGGAGGAUGACCUGGUGAAGCAGAUGGGAGUGUUGAAGGCCACGGGCAAGGUGGUGCUGGAUGGGGUGGAGUACAAGGUGGAGCCUGUAGCCACCCCCCGCAGGCACUGUAACACGCCCCCCAGCUACAGCGCCACACCCCCUAGCUACUGUGGCAGCUCAGGGCCCUCGUCAGUGGAUGGUAAAGGAGACUCCCAGAGGAAUUCCUUAGAGGAGAGCUUCAAGCUGGAGCAGCAGAGGCCCAACUCCAUGACUGGUCUGAUCCCAGUGUACCCUGGAGAGUCGGGGGCUCCCAUCCGGACAGCCAAGGCAGAACGGAGGCAACAGGAGCGCCUGAGGAUGCAGAGUCCAGAACUGGCCCCAGCUGGAGACAAGGACCUCUCCCCCUCCGAGAAACGGGCUCUGGAAGCCGAGAAGAGAGCCAUGUGGAGGGCAGCAAGGCCCUAUGGCCUAGAGGAGGAUGUUAGGCAGUAUGAGCAGGACCUGGCUAAGAGGCUCUACCAGUCGCGAGUGAGGGCGUCUCAGGGCACCGCGCCACCCCCUCAGUCCCAAAACGCCGCCGCCUCUUCCGCUGCCUCCCAGCUCAGGAUGAAGUCUCUGGAGCAGGAUGCUUUGAAGGCUCAGAUGGUCAUCGCUAAGUCCCGGGAGGGAAAGAAGCGCGGCACACUGGACCAGCUGGCCGAGUCACCCUCGCCCGCCCUCACGCCAUCCCCCACCCCUCUGGAAGAUUUCAGUCCACAAGGAGUAACGUCACCAGGCAGACUGUCCCUGUCGGAAAAUAAGUUUGACUACCGACAGUUUGCUGCCAUUCCUUCUUCCAAACCCGUAUACGACAUCCAGUCCCCUGACGUGGUCGAGGACAUUCAGUUCAUUGACGAUGGCUCCAGUAACCCAGUGCAUGCUGCGGAUCCCGGGACUGAGGUGCCCACUGCCACCUCAGCACUGGAGAUGGCCCUCUACAGCAACACGCGCCAGCUGAGGCAGGGCUGCCGCAGCCUGGAGACCGCCGUGCCCACAUAACACACAACUACCACAAGAGACUCGGGAGACAUACAUACACAGAGGAGGCACCGGGUCACUACACACACUCACAGGUUUGGGAGAUGUAAACCACUGCAGAGACCAUGAUGCUGAUAGUCAACACACACACAAUGUCAUAUCUUGCCUUUACAGUCUGAGGAUGUGUUGGCCUGAACAUGAGGCCCAACGUUCCUGAGGCCAGGGAGGAGGAGGGCUGGUGAGGGGAGCUAGCGUUACCCUUCAGAAAUAUCAUUCUCUUUUUUAUUUGUGUUCUUUUUCUUCAGUUUACGUUUUAGUAGCUGAAUUAUAUUAACAGGUGACUUAUGUUUUUACUUUUGACCCUCUGCUUUUUGCUGUUUUAAAUGAAAAAUGUGUUCUGGAAGAGAAAGGAAAAAAUAUGAAUUGUGUAGAUGUAAUACUAAUUUUUCAGAUGCUAUUUUUGAGGUUUUCAAUGAAUAUAUUGUGAAAUGUCAGGGUUUUUAGCGGGCUUCGGGGGGGCGUGUAUAUAUUGGGAACAUACUGCUACCUUCACUGCCACAUUUUAAACACUACAUACAUAUCUCAACUGCACUACCACACUACUUAGAAAACAACAUGUUUAUUUUUAAAUAAUUUAUUUUGCUUGUAUUUUAUUACUCGAUUCUGAAGCCUCCCCUGUAAAUACAUUGUUACCCCCUGUACUUUCGAGUGCAACAGAACAAUGCAUAUCAUUUUAUUUAUCAUAAUGGCAUCAAUGCAUAUCAUGAUAUCAUUUUAAUUCAAAUGUACAUCUUAUGAGGCAAGCACAUGUUUAAUCCAUAUCACCAAGAUAUUUUCUUUUACAAUGAAUACAUUUGUUUUCACUCUGAUGCACAGGCCUUAACCAGGUUCUGACUGGUACAUUACAAGGAACAUGCUGUCACAGACUUGUAGGAUACUGAUCCCAGUACAGUUGUUUGAUCUCGAUGGAUUUGAUCUCUAGCUUUCCUGGACCAGGUUUAUCAAAUUUUGUCCCAUUCCUAUUCUCGAGAAUGUAACUACACUGGAGAGACCAGCAGAGACACACACACACACAUGGACAGAUAAGCCACUAGUCUUUAUUCAAAAUGGCUGUAAAUUUAGGAACAUAAUCUCAGCUUCAUCUCCAUUUACAUAUACGGUACUUUCCCUGCCCUUUUGGUGGAAAUCAUUUGUCAAUGUGAAUCUCACUCCUAUCUGGAUGGUUUUCCAGAUUUUACCGGUGAAGGUAGCAGGUGUUUGCUUUUUUUUUAAUGAUCUGCCUUUGAUUAAUUUAAAUCUGACACCCACUGAAAAUCCUUUAUUGUUGUGUGAAUAAUGUACAAAAUACUGAAUGGAAAGCAAAAUGUACGGUUGAAAUUGAGCCAGUCUACUAAGACAAGACCAAGCAAGUGUCUGGACUGGGGAGCUCUCUCCCUACCUCUCUCUCUGCAUGUACAAUAUAUUGGCUUUACUGGGAGAACCUAUAGAGGCAGAAGACAUUUUGUUAAUCCCUUUUGAAAUGGAUCUCAUUCGACUAUCAUUCUCAAUCUCUUUCCUCUGCUUUACCUGCUGCUGUCAUGGAUGUUAUCUGAUGGCAGCUUUGUUUUUGGAGAGUCAUGAUAGAAGCACUCGUGUUUAAUUUAAUGUACUAAUCAUAUCUUUCUGCGUUGCUUUCGCUGACUGAAAUUCAGUUAGGAUGAUAACAUUUGCGAUUGGUUGACAAAAAUGUUAUUUUUUAUUUUUUAUUAAACUUACUGUAGUGGGUAAAACGUUCCAAACAAAAUGGGAUUCACAUUUUUUUAUGCCAAACAACUGUUGGAACUUCCUUUUGGUUACACUCUUCUCUUGAAUUAUUUUGGGGGACUAUUUUUCCCAAAUGAGUCAGAGGGAAAGGGUAGAAGUGCUGGGGUCAAGGCUCAUCCAAAACUGUAACUAUUGAAUUUGUACAACCAAAGAGGUCUAUUUUGUGGUUCACGAAUAAAAAAAGUUUACUUUUCAUUUAACAAGCUGA